GAUGGUUGUGUAACGUUUCACAUUUUGUGGUUGUCCAUUUGCAACAACAAGUGUACCGGAAUCUGAAUCCGAACCCGAGGCUAACCGGUCUGGAGCUAGAAACAAUUCUUCUGAUGGUAGCUUUUUCAUUAAACUGGUUCCCGUCCGUGUAGUAGUUCGAUUCUGUGUUGUCAGUGGGGAAGCCUUCCGGUGGAGGCCAUUGAUAUUGGUCACGAAUGCAACACGUUCGCUUUCACACGAAGCAAAUCACGCGACCUUAGAACGUUUGCAAGCCACUCAGGUAAAAGUGAUUGGUGGUAGAGUUUUUGGUAGGAUUUCUACAAGAACUUCAGCUUACAGAUUUUGAUCUCGUUCUCCAGUCACGACCAGUUCCACAUUCUGUGUCGUCGUUUUUUUUUCUUUAUUGCCAAUUUCAUUUUGUGAUCGUGUAGUUCGCAUCAAGGUUAACCUCCAUCUCCGAAUGUGAUGCAGAUCCCGAGGACUUUGUGAAGGUUCACCGGAACUGAAAGUGUUUGCAGCUGCAUUCCUUCGCUCGUGCUACAGUUAGAGAUGUGUGUGAUUGUGUUUUGUUGUUUUUUGCGCAAGUAGAAUGUAAUGUUUCCGCUUCGUUCUGUAGAGUAGAGCAAAAAGGAAACAGCGAAAAGUAACUAAUCAUAAACGCUGUGGGGUGCCCCAACAAGGACUUUGCUAUUAAUAUGUGCCAGCGUAACAUUGCUUAAUGGGACGCUAGAAUGAAAUGAAUGAAGGAAAUGAAUCGAAUACAACGUACAGUGUGGCUUUCGAAUGUAACACAUGAUUGCUACCGAGGAAACCGACUCUUAUCAGAAUGCAAUCUUUUGAUAAUGCGAAACAAUUACACCAGAGAUUAUCUGUAACGCAUAAAUAAACGCAUUCCUUUUUUAGCCUAUGAUAGUGUCUUGAAUGGCUUCUUCCUGAUAUGAUAAGAAACCAACAGCAUUGUACAGGUCGUUAUUGAUUGCUAAUUUUUCUAACCUGGGUUGGAAGUAGUGCACAAUCAUUCCAGUUCACGGUACAUGCGGAACGCGGCGUGUAGAAUGGAUAGAGAAAAGACAUCAUUAAAUAACUCAAUUAUGUUUCAAUAGCAGUACCAAACCAAGGAGUGUGUCCCUCCGACAGGCAAAGUGUUUGCUAUAAAGUAUCAAAAACUUCCAAACUCAAUUAAAUCCCGUACGAUCUGGGAACACGGUCGUCUCAUUUUAUCGGCCCUGCUUACUUCGAGAACCGAAGCGUGGAUCGAUUGAUUUACUACACUGGUGUUCGUGUGUUUGUACCAUACCGCCCAAUCGGUGCUCCUCGUAGUAUGAUAGUGAAGUAUAUUACAGCAUCCCGAAUGUAACACACAGUCGGUCAUCUCGUGUCGUUCAUAUUGGAGAAGCGACGGCAUUUUUGUGUGCUUUUAGGUGUUUCGGUGUAGCAAAACGAAGCGUCACAAUUGGCGAUUUUAAAAGCUUCUCUUACCUUUAAGAAAUACGAUUAUUAAAUUAUUUGUUAUUACGUGUUCCGUGUAAUAUUGCUAUCAAGAUGCCUGUUCCCUGUGAAAAACGAACCGAAAUGCAGGCCCCAGAGUUCAAGGACUUUGCGAAGGAGAUGGUCGAUUACAUCUCUAACUAUCUCGAGAAUAUCCGUGACAGACGUGUUCUACCAACCGUUCAGCCGGGCUAUCUGCGCCCGCUUAUCCCCGAUGAAGCACCCCAGCAGCCGGAAAAGUGGGAAGAUGUGAUGGCCGACGUCGAGCGGGUUAUUAUGCCCGGCGUUACCCACUGGCACAGCCCAAAGUUCCACGCGUACUUCCCCACGGCCAACUCUUAUCCGGCGAUCGUGGCUGAUAUGCUGAGCGGUGCCAUCGCUUGCAUUGGUUUCACCUGGAUUGCUAGUCCCGCUUGUACUGAGCUUGAGGUGGUAAUGCUGGACUGGUUGGGCAAAAUGUUGGACCUACCGAAUGAGUUCCUGGCUUGUUCCGGUGGACAGGGUGGUGGUGUUAUACAAGGCACAGCCAGUGAGGCAACGCUUGUGGCGCUGCUCGGUGCUAAGGCGAAGGCAAUGAAACGUGCCAAGGAGGAACAUCCUGAAUGGGACGAUCAUACCAUCGUGUCAAAGCUGGUUGGAUACACAUCCAAUCAAUCUCAUUCCUCGGUAGAGCGUGCUGGAUUACUCGGAGGUGUGAAGCUUCGUGGCCUGAAAGCGGACGAAAACCUGAAGCUGCGUGGUGAAACGCUCGAGAAAGCCAUCAAGGAAGAUCUGGAAGCUGGUCUGAUUCCGUUCUACGUAGUGGCGACACUCGGCACGACCAACACCUGCGCGUUCGAUCGGCUCGACGAGAUCGGUCCGGUUGCCAAUCGGUACAACGUCUGGGUGCACGUAGAUGCGGCCUAUGCCGGAUCGGCCUUCAUCUGUCCAGAGUAUCGUUACCUCAUGAAGGGCAUCGAAACGGCCGAUUCGUUCAACUUCAACCCGCACAAGUGGAUGCUGGUGAACUUUGACUGCAGUGCCAUGUGGCUGAAGGAACCGUACUGGAUUGUGAACGCGUUCAACGUUGAUCCACUCUAUCUAAAGCACGACAUGCAGGGUUCGGCACCGGACUAUCGCCACUGGCAGAUUCCGCUCGGUCGUCGUUUCCGCGCGCUCAAGCUGUGGUUCGUGCUGCGACUGUACGGUGUGGACAACCUGCAGGCUCACAUCCGGCGUCACUGCGGGUUCGCGAAACAGUUCGAAGCGCUAUGCUGUGCGGAUGAGCGUUUCGAGAUUUUUGGCGAGGUACAAAUGGGUCUCGUUUGCUUCAAGCUGAAGGGCUCGAACGAGCUGAAUGAGGCACUGUUGAAGCGCAUCAAUGGUCGCGGUAACAUUCAUCUGGUCCCGUCCAAGGUUAACGAUGUGUACUUCCUGCGUAUGGCAGUGUGUUCGCGCUUCACUGAGACGUCUGAUAUCGACUACUCGUGGAAGGAGGUUUCGGCAGCCGCUGAUGAGCUGCUGGCCGAUCAAAAGAAGUAAACACGAGCACUUUUCGGCUAGAUGCUGCUCGCGCUCAUUCCAUCCUCAUGCAAGAAUCGCAAUCCUUUUUCCUCGUUUCCUCGUUAAGUUUUUACCUAAUAUGAACGUUUAAUUUAUUUAUCGAACGAACGAAACAUACACAUUCCGUACUGCAAGUAUUACAGGGACCAGGGUGUACGGGGUGGUUCGGCAACUGCCAGGACUCAUUCGCGUGGCAAUCAAACAAAAAGGAAAACCAGGCAAUAAUGAUAACGAUCACAAUAAAUACGAUACAAUGAAACAAGUUA